AGCAACAUAAUAAAAUUAAAAUAAAAUAAAAAAGAAAAUGUUGUCAUUAUAAACGAGAUCUCCUUCUUACUUGCCGUUUACGAAUGUUCAAACUUCAACCAAAGUAUUAUUCAGCCGCCAUUUCUGUCUGUCUGUCUCUCUCUCUCUCUCUCAGAGAUGAUGGAAAGUUACCCAGAUUUUCUCUCAGCUUCAUCGUCUUCAACCUCCCUCUCUUUCCAGAAAAUGCUGAUUUCUCGAGCUUCCGAGCCCACCGGAAUCCAUGGAAGUCAGUUCCGGGAGGCGGCCAUCUCCGGUGGGUUUCCGUUGUUUCCCGACGUGUCGGGGAGCUACAUGUCUGUGGGUACGAGGAGUAGUACGAAGGAAGAUAUGGUUUCGGUUAGUAAAGGGUCAGCGGUGGAGGUGGUGGAGGGAGGAGCGGAGACGACGGAGAUGACGGCGGCGAGACAGGGAGAUAAUGAUAAGAAAAAGAAGACGAGAAGCCGGAGAUUUGCUUUUCAAACAAGGAGUCAAGUUGAUAUUCUUGAUGAUGGAUAUCGAUGGAGAAAGUAUGGACAGAAGGGUGUGAAGAACAACAAAUUCCCAAGAGAACGAAAUAGGAGGCGAAGACGGGGACGGGGACGGGGAACCCAUAUCACACUGCACCCUAAUUGGGAAAGACGAUCCAAUCCUCGGGAAAUUCUUGUCUCCAGAAUAAAUAGAAAAUUUUGUGGGAAUAGAGAAUGAAAUAGGAGGCGAGGACGGGAAUGAGGACCUCCGGAUCGUGUCUAUUGAAUUAUGAAUUAUUUGUUUGGUAUUAUAUGUUGUAAGAAAAGGGUUGGUUAAUGAAUUGCAGAAGCUACUAUAAAUGCACACACCAAGGGUGCAAAGUGAAGAAGCAAGUGCAAAGGCUAACAAGAGAUGAAGGAGUGGUGGUGACAACUUACGAA